AUGAAUAAUUCUCUCAUAAAACCGUUUACCAGCGAUGAAGUCUACAAUGCACUCAAGACAAUCAAUCCAGAUAAAAGCCCAGGUUGCGAUGGAAUGUCGGCAAUGUUCUAUCACAAUUAUUGGUCUAUUGUGGGAGAUGUGGUCACUAAAGUGGUACUUGAAAUUUUGAAUGAGGGUUGUAGUAUGGAAUCCAUUAACAAGUCUCUAAUCACUCUUAUUCCGAAGAUUAAGUCACCAACGGGAAUGGGAGACUUUCGCCCAAUAAGUUUGUGCAAUGUCAUCUACAAAAUCAUUUCUAAGGCGCUUGCUCUCAGAUUUAAGGAUGUUCUACCGGCUGUUAUUUUAGAAACACAAAGUGCUUUCCUCUCCAAUCGAAUUAUUACUGACAAUAUUCUUGUUGCUUUUGAAUUGAUACAUCAUUUAAAGCAUAAAACAAGGGGGAAUAGAGGUUAUUCGGCUCUCAAGUUAGACAUGAGCAAAGCUUUUGAUCGAGUGGAGUGGUUCUAUAUUCAAGAGGUAAUGCUAAAAAUGGGCUUUCACAGUACAUGGGUUUCUUUAAUCAUGGGUUGUCUAAGCUCCACUAGUUUCUCUUUCAUGCUCAAUGGUGAAGAAGUGGGACAUGUUAAGCCUACUCGGGGGCUUCGGCAAGGAGAUCCAUUGUCCCCUGAAGAGGAAGUUCAUAACCUUCGAGGACUUAAGCUCACAAGACAUGCUCCCUCCAUUUCACAUCUGCUCUUUGCAGAUGAUAGUCUCCUCUUUUGUGAAGCUACAAACAGUUCAUCAAUUGCUAUUAAUAAAGUUUUGGAUAUUUAUCAUGAAGCAUCUGGCCAAUUGCUUAACACAGCGAAGUCUGUUAUGUCUUUUUCACCCAACACCUCACAAUCAGCUCAGAACUUCUUCCAUCAAACACUAGGAAUGCCAAUAAGUGACUGCCAUGAACGUUACCUUGGUUUACCUGCUUUUUCAGAGCGAGAUAAGAAAGAGAUGUUCAGCGAUGUUAAAGAACGUAUAUGGCAAAAACUUCAUGCAUGGAAUGAAAAACUCUUCUCAGUUGGUGGUAAGGAAGUUCUUCUAAAGGCCGUUGUUCAAUCGAUUCCAACUUACGCUAUGAGUUGUUUUCGGUUACCAACCACUUUUUGCACUCAAUUGGAAUCCAUGAUGGCCAAUUUCUGGUGGGGAUCAAAUAAGGAUGGCUCAAAGAUUCAUUGGAAAAGUUGGAAAUUGUUUUGUAAGUCGAAAUUUGAAGGAGGUAUGGAAUUCCGCUCUUUUACAAGUGGAUUUCCUGGUAAUAAUGUUUUCACACCAGUAAGCUAUACUGGCCCUCCAAAUCUGCCCGUUUCUUAUUUCAUAACAGAGCAAAGAGUGUGGAAUUUGCCUCUCCUUCAUGAUCACUUCCAGCCGAUUGAUGUGGAUAGAAUAGUCUCCAUUCCAUUAUGUUAUUUUCCUAGCAAUGACCGUUACAUUUGGCAUCAUACAAUGACUGGUAUGUACACAGUCAAUUCGGGGUUCCAUUUAGCAGAAAAUUUGGCAAAAGGGAAUGAAUCAAGUGGUUCUUCUGCUCAUUCCGAAUGGAAAGUUGUCAACUCUGCUACAUGUUCAUUAUGCAACAAUGCAUGGGAAUCAAUUGGACAUGCUAUGUUCAAUUGUACUACAGCUAGGAAAGUUUGGAGGGAAACAAAGUUCACCAUAGAUCAUUCAAAUGCACACAAUAUGGAUAAUGGUGAUUAUUUAAUCCAUUUAUCAACCUUGUACUCAAAACAAGACUUUGAAUUACUUGUUUGCACAAUGUGGGCAAUUUGGCAUAAUAGAAACAAAGUCACACAUGGGGGUGUCUCACGCCCCAGCCAUGCCAUUGCUUCAUUUGCUGUUACACACUUGGAGAGGUUUAUUAGUAGCAAAGCAAAGCACUAUCAUGGAUCAGCAAGCAUUAUACCUCCAGUGACUGUUUCAACAAGUAUUCACACACCAGAAGUUGCACCAGUAGCUAGGCUGCAUCAAGAUAAUACACGACAUUCUCCAUGGCUGCCACCAUCACCUACUGGACUCAAAUUAAAUGUUGAUGCUGCUGUCAAUCAUGAGUUGAAAAUUUUGGGAAUAGGUGUUGUUAUAAGAGAUUAUCUUGGUAAUGUCGUUGCUGCUCUUUCCAAGCCUGUUCAAGGUUGUUUUAGAUCGGAUGAGAUGGAGGCCAAGGCGCUAUUUCAUAGUCUCAAUUGGGUGGUGCAAAUGCCACUUUCAAUUUCACAUAUCGAAACAGAUGCAUUGCGAGUUUCUUUGGCCCUAAACUCUACAUCUUGCAACCUCUCAAGUUUUAAUGAUUUAAUCGUAGAUAUUAGCUGUCUUUUAUCCUUUUUCUCAGGAGUAACUAUUUCUCAUGUUAAGAGAAAUGCUAACCAAACUGCACAUGGUUUAGCUAAGUAUGCUCUCGAGUUGGAUGAAGAUAUCUGUUAG